UUGAAAGAAAAAGAAAAAUGCGUCUGUGAACAUACAGGUGUUUCGUAUAAACCAAGUAGUGACGACAUUGGAAAAUAUGUAAGUGUGAUAAUUGAUCUCGGUGAAGACACAAUAAAACGAUUUGCUGUUACAAAGAAUCCUGUUGCUGCAGUCCCCGAAGAGCAGUUGAUUUUCGAAGAGAGGCAGAAUGUAAAAGUGAUUGAGGUCAGGUUGAGAGUCAUGUCGUACAACAUUCUUGCUGAUCUGUAUCUAAAUCUUCGUCAACCACAGGAUGACCUAUUUUUUCCUUACUGUCCAAAGGUCUACCAGGAAUACGCCUACCGUUAUCCUCUCCUUCUUCGGGAAAUUCCAGGCUAUAAUGCUGAUUUGAUAUUUUUACAAGAAGUUGAUGAAAGGUUUCGUCGGCGCUUUUUACUUCCAUAUAUGGAGGAGCUAGGAUAUGAAACCCGCUUCAAGAAGAAAGGACUUGCUGUUACUGAGGGGUUGGCAAUAUGUUUUCGUAAAGACAAACUUCGGUUCGUUCUAAUUUUUCUAAAUGUUAUACCUUCACAUUUAAUUAAAAAUGUUGAUAUAAUUAAUUACUUGGAUCAGAACUUGCAGCUUAAAGAACACUUUUUUAGCAGACCUGCUGUUAUCCAGCUUCUUCUUCUCGGAUCUACGACUGAUGAAGAUGUCCUUUUAAUGGCUGGAAACACCCACUUACAUUAUGAUCCUCAAGAAGAAAAUAUUAAAGUGAUGCAAGCUUUGCUUUGCGCACGUCAUAUUGCUCAUAAAGCACAGGAGUUGCAGCUGAAGCAUCCUAACGGGAAAAUCUAUAAGUUGCUUGCUGGGGACUUUAAUAGUACACCUGAUGGACCUGUUUACGACUUAAUAAGCAAAGGUAUUUUGGGGACGAGUGUAUCGACAUUUUUAAAUCCAAUGCUGAGCCUUGUAGGUGACCCGCCGUACACAAACUACACGCGUUUCACGAGAAAUGGGGAUAUCUUAGGAUUUUCUGGUUGUUUAGACUAUAUUUGGGGAGACCCAGGAAUCAAGGUGGUCCAAACGAUCCCGAUGCCUUCAGAUGAACUGGUUAAAAAACACACAGCAUUGCCCUCAGUAAUCUCUCCCAGUGACCACCUGCCACUUAUAUGUGAUAUCUUGUUACAGUAA